AAAGUGAGGCGCAGUGUGAGUUAUUACGGCAACGUGUUACCGAUUAUGAGAUUAGAAAUUUCAUGCAGGUAUGCAGAAGCCCAGAAUUUCUUGACUUCCAUCCCGAACACUUACAGCGCAUCGUGGAGAAUGACGAACUGAACGUAAGCUCUGAAGCAGAUGUUUUCUGGUCUAUUAAACGUUGGUAUAAACAUGAUGCACAGACGCGGCAGCAGCACUUACCCCAUCUGAUUGCGUGUCUGCGGCUUACACAAUUCGAUGUUGACUUCUUGUAUGCGAAUAUCAACGCAAUGCCUGGUUGCGAGCUUUUGGUGAAUAGAGCCGUAGAAUGGCUACUGCGGCCUAAUGCGCGCUCCACAAUACCUUUGCGUUUUACAAAGCCCCGCAAGGUGCUGCGAACGGAAGAGGAUACACUUUGGUUAGCUGUGCAGACGCGAGGAGAUCAUCGUUUCGCCGACAAAUGCAUCCUACGUUACAGCCGUAUGCAUGGAGAAUGGCAGAAGUGGGCUGAAAUAAAAUUAGAGCGCAGCAAUUUCGGUGUAGUACAACUGGAGCACAGUCUCAUCUGUAUAGGCGGCUUGGGUCGUAAUAAUAAGCCUAGUAAUCGUGUGAACCGGUAUAAUUUGAAUACCCGUACCUGGGAGCCAAUGCCAUCGAUGGAGUAUCGUCGGGUUUACUUGAGUGUCGCGCUUUUGGAUGGCAGAAUAUAUGCCUUCGGUGGGCAGGAUGAAAAAUAUCAAGCGCUCAACUCGGUGGAAAUGUUCGACACUAUCGCUGGCCGUUGGCAAACCAUGACCAAUAUGCCAACUCGUCGCGCUGGUACUGGGACCGCUGUUUUAUAUGGUAAACUGUACGUGAUCGGUGGUUUCAAUAAAGCGCACUUGAGCGCAGUGGAAUGCUACGAUCCAACGAAAAAUCAAUGGACGCAAUGCGCUGAUAUGAAUGAGUCACGCGGUUGGCCGGGGGUAACUGUACACAAUGGAUGUAUCUAUGCCAUUGGCGGGUGGUAUAAUGGUGCGCUGCACACUGUGGAACGUUACUGUGCAGAGAGCAAUAAAUGGACUAUGAUUUCCGGUUUGAAUGUUGCACGUGGCAGCAUCUGUGCGUUGUCUAUGAAUGAGGAGUUGUGGGCGAUAGGCGGCUAUAGCGAGGGUGUGCUCAAGGACACAGUGGAGCUGUACGAUGCUGAAAAUGAUAAAUGGAUUGAGAAGAAGAUGCUGCCCGAAGCUGGUAGAUAUGUAUGCUAAGUGGACUGUGAUUUGAAUUUUGACUUUGUUUAUAGCGCUGGGAAAUCUAAUUGUACAACUUAUU